GACAUUAUAAGAACCCAGAGCCACUUCUUUAUCUCGGACAGUGCUCCUUCAAACCAACGGACAUGUUGAAAAGCAGCGACGCGACUUGGUGGCCCGUGCUGUGUCUGUGGCUUGCCCUGACCACGGCCGAGAUCCUCCUGAACCCUGGCUUCGAGAACGGCAUCACCAACUGGCACAGCGACGGCUUCACCCUGAGCACGGACACCACUCACGUGCACAGCGGAAACGCCGCCGUCAAAUGUUCCGGAAGGUUAGUUACAGUAUUAUGAUUGUAUUUCGUUGUUUUUUGGCCGAACCAUUCAUUAAAACAAAAUAUAUGUCCUAUAUAUUUUAUUAUUAUUACAUAUUAGGAACGAGUUUAAUUAUGAUCUAUUUCCUUUUUUUUUUUUAAAAUUGUUCAAAUCGUAUUUAAAUUUGCGUUAUUAUUAUUAUUACAUAUUAGGAACGAGUUUAAUUAUGAUCUAUUUCCUUUUUUUUUUUUUAAAAUUGUUCAAAUCGUAUUUAAAUUUGCGUUAUUUUAAUUGGCGUAGCUAGGUGAGGGGGGAGGGAGGUCCAAAAUCGAAAGUUCCCCCGGGCCCCAAAGGCGUGUCCGAAUUUUUUUUUUUACAUUAAAUAAUGUCGAAUGUCAAAAUGCAGGGCCCCUAAAGAGGCCAAGCCUCCCCGGGGCCCCCAACUCCCUAACUACGCCACUGGUUAUUUUAUUAUAAUAGUUAUGAGGUUGGGGGCGGAUUUGGAGCGUAUUUGGAUCAACAAUUAUUUUAUGUUUAUGGAGAGCUUUAUGUGUGUUUUUUUUUUUUUAAAGAACCGGCCAUAAUCAAGGACCAGCCCAGAUAGUGCAUCUCAAACCUGGAGGCAAAUACACCAUCAGCGCUUUCAUCAAGCUGGCCAAUGGGGUCAACGCGCACCAGGAACCUGUUGUCACAGUCGACCUGAAACCAAAAAAUGGUGGUCAGUAUCAUACUUUAAAAAAAAAAAAAAUAAUAAUUAAUUGACAAAUAAUUUUUUUAUUUAUUUUCCUUCAAACGCAAACAGAGAAGGUGUGCCUUUUGUUACAACCAUUCUGGCCACAGAUCCACCACAGUCCACACCCACGGGGUGCUUUAAAUGUUUUUCACUUAUUCUUUAAGUGAAAUGUUAACACUCUUUGUUUUGAUGGUCCGCAAUUACUUUUUGUUUCGUAAACCAUGCAGGGCCUGACGAGUACAUCCGGGUCUCCAAACACUCCUACAUGACGGCAGCCGACGACUGGGUUCAGAUCGGCGGAAACUUCAAAGUACCAAACAAAGGUGAGUGGGCCACAACAAACAAAGGUGAGUAGCCAAACAGUAUAUCACUGUUUGAGUUUAAGAACCUCGAGUGCUGUUUCUGUGACGUCAGACCAUCGGAAAAUUUUUUACUAAUUCUCGAAGUCCAACAGAUGAACUGGUUUUGAUAUUAAAUUAAUUAAUUAAGAAAUUUCGGACAUUUAUAUUCUUUGAAUUGUUUGUGUCAUUUGUAAAAAACAAAUUAUCUCACUUCACUCACCCCUCAAAAAAAAAAAGAAUAAAAGAUCAGAAAAAAGGAAAGAAAACUAUCAACAAGAAAACUAGAAAAAACAAAACCUUCCAUUCUCACAACGUUAUUUGAUCUCUUCAAGUAAAAUAAAGAAAUUGAAGAGGAACAAAAAUCCCACUAAUGAUUUAUAUAUGCAGCGUGUCAGAAUUUCUCUCCCAAAGUUUCAACAUGCUAUGAGUUCUUCUCCUUGGACCUACCGGUCUAUAAUAACUCGCCAUUUCAGCAAUAAAUUAAAAAGCAACAAAAAACUUGAAAGAACUAUAGUGUUAUACAGAUAUAAGAACUAUAAUGUUAUACAGAUAUAAGAACUAUAAUGUUAUACAGAUAUAAGAACUAUAAUGUUAUACAGAUAUAAGAACUAUAAUGUUAUACAUAUAUAAGAACUAUAAUGUUAUACAGAUAUAAGAACUAUAAUGUUAUACAGAUAUAAGAACUAUAAUGUUAUACAUAUAUAAGAACUAUAAUGUUAUACAGAUAUAAGAACUAUAAUGUUAUACAUAUAUAAGAACUAUAAUGUUAUACAGAUAUAAGAACUAUAAUGUUAUACAGAUAUAAGAACUAUAAUGUUAUACAGAUAUAAGAACUAUAAUGUUAUACAGAUAUAAGAUAUCAAUUAUUCAUUGCUGCAACGUCGGCCUUAGGUAAACUUUCGCCCUGUGCGAAGCAACCGUUCGACGCCCCCCCCCCCUUUCACUGUCCCUGAGUGGCUCCGCGCUUUUUUCCGAUGACGACGUAGGCUGUGGAGCACGUGUUAUGAUGCUAAUACAUGUAGCUGACCAUACGCAUUAUAACGUGCGCAUGAAUUUAGACCCGAGGCUCACACUUCACUAUAAUAAACUAAGUUAAAUUUAAGUAUUUACCGGCACAGGUCGCACACCCUAAAGGCCGGCGUUGAUUGCUGUGAUAAUCCUCUUGGCAAUUUUCCUUUCCCCAAUGAUUAGAGUACACCCAGGCACGAGUGUACGUCGAGGGCCCUCUCGCGAGCGUUGACUUCUACGUGGAUGACAUGUCACUGAAUGAACUGGUGGAGAGCGCCAACUGGAAGGCGGACGCCAACGCCAGGAUUGAAGCCAACAGGAAGAGCAACAUCCACUUCAAGUGAGUUGACUAUCAGCACGAGCAUACACUUUGUAAAACCGUGAAAUUACCAUUAAUAAAAACAAAAGGUUUUAUUUACUUUGUUCCCACUCACUGCUGAGCGAAAGAGACUCUCAUGACUCCACAGUGAGGGAGAAAUAACUUAACUCCGGGGUGUAUCCAGAGUUUUUGACACCCGGGGCGUUCCUUGAUUUUGCUGCCCCUAAAAAGAAAAAACCAAAGCCACAAACCAAAUAGAAAGCAUAGAGGUAAUAUAAAGUGUAUGAAGUAUAGCAAAAAAAACCCGCUCUAAAAAAAAAAACCCCCCCCCCCAAAAUAACUUAACCCCGGGGUGUAUCCAGAGUUUUUGACACCCGGGGCGUCCUUGAUUUUGCUGCCCCUAAAAAGAAAAAACCAAAGCCACAAACCAAAUAGAAAGCAUAGAGGUAAUAUAAAGUGUAUGAAGUAUAGCAAAAAAAACCCGCUCUAAAAAAAAAAGCCCCCCCCCCCUCCCAACUCCCUCUUUUCCCACACCUAUGAUUAAAACUUUUAAAGUCCCAAUGGCAUCAAUGAACUUAGCAAAUUUCAUUAUUUUCAUACGGUUUGUGUAACUUUUGUCUCAAAAAAACAAAACAAGAAACAACAACACCACAACAAACACAAACAAACUAACUUCAAAUAUUUAUUUUAAAAUAAAACCCAUUUAAAAACAAAACCAAUAAUGUUUUUAAUGACAUUACUUAUGACAAAAUAGUUUAUGGAGGGGUUCAUUUCUGCUACUUAAAGUCUGAAUGCGUCGUGUUCAGUGAACCGAUCCGCCUAAGAAUCUCAUCUAAGCGGCGCGAUCCCAACCACAACAACUACUCUGUUACAUUUCACAGCUUUCAUCUUGACUCCCACUACAACGCGGCUGACGUCAAAGUGCGGGUAAGUGGAGACAACUCUCUUUAACAGUGAUUUUCUUCUGUUUUUUAUUUUAAAAAAAUCAGUUUCAAAGAACAUUUAGAUAUACUUGUAAUUGUGUUGUUUUUUUUUAUUACUAUUGACACUAAAUAUCAUAACCUGUAAUCAACACAUCUCUCCUUGAAGCUCAUUUUAAUGAUAUGUUUAUAUAGGCAGAAAUGGUCACAUAAUCACAUUUUAAAACUAAAGAUUUUAUAUUUCUUAGUCCGAAAGAUGCGUCAUAUUUCCAUUAUGACAUUAAUGAUUAAUUCUAUUUCUUGUUGUUUCUUCAUUUGUCCUGUCUGUUGAGGAAGACUCUUAGCCAAUAAUAUUCUUUUUUUUUUUUGGUUAGGUGUUGUCCUGUCGCUAUAUUUCAAGCUUCCACAUAUAUUUUUCCAUUUCCUUCAAACGGCUGGAACGGAGUCCUUCAUUCUCUAUCCAUAUUUUUACAAGUCAUUCCUUUACAGCGUUUUCAAGUCAGAUAACCAUUUUCCCCCCAAAUUCCCAUCGAAAUGACACACUCCAAUGAAGUGACGCACUGCAACGAAAUGACCCACUCCAACAAAAUGACCCAGUAACGAAAUGACCCUCUGCAACGAAAUGACACAAUCAAACGAAAUGACCCACUCCAUUGAAAUGACCCAGUCCAACGAAAUGACCCACUCCAAAGGAAUGACCCACCUAAACGAAAUGACCCACUCCAGCGAAAUGACCCACUCCAGCGAAAUGACCCACUCCAGCGAAAUAACCCACUCCAGCGAAAUGACCCACUCCAGCGAAAUGACCCACUUAAACGAAAUGACCCACUGCAAUGAAAUGACUCACUCCAACGAAAUGACCCACCUAAACAAAAUGACCCACGCUAAUGAAAUGACCCAGCGAAACGAAAUGACUCACUCUUAAUUAUCCAACUCCCUUCCUGUCUAAUUUUUUUCAUUUGGAGAAUACCGGUGUAUUGCGUUCUUUGCUUUUAGAUAGUUACAAAUAGUUCUAGAUACUUUUAGAUAUGCUCUGCAUUGAUUGGGCGUAUGCCUUAACCGGCAUAAUGGAAUAUGCUAAACCCAAAAUCUCCCCUAAUGAUCUUUGCUCUGGUCUUUGUUAGGACUUCUAAGACCCACGUAUGGUCACGUCUGCUGACUCCCUAAUGAUCCUAUUUUAGUCGCUGUAUAAUUAUAUGAACAGUUAUCGCAAAAUCAACCAUUGAAAGGCGCACUGCGGGAAACGCCUAAUGAUUUUCCCGUACGCUGUCCCAACCAGAUAGAGCACACCAAGCAUCUCUUCGGCUUCGGGACCCUGAUCCGUCCCGACUACAUGGUGGGCAGCAGCCAUCAGAGGUACAGGGAUAUCGUCGCUUACAUGUUCAACUGGGCGGUGGUGCAGGACUACAAGUGGACAUUCGACAAGGGACAACCAGUAAGUCUGGGGGGGGGGGGGAAAUAGUUCAGUUCAUCCCCAGGAGCUGAAACUCGAUGACAUCAUUCUUGGGGACUUACAUGUUCAACUGGCGGUGGUGCAGGACUACAAGUGGACAUUCGACAAGGGACAACCAGUAAGUCUGGGGGGGGGGGGGUAAUAGUUCAGUUCAUCCCCAGUAGCUGUAACUCGAUGACAUCAUUCUUGGGGUGAUUGGUCAGUUCAUCGAUCUCCCAGUAGCUGUAACUCAAUGAUACCAUAGUUGCAUUUACAUAAUAAACACUGACAGAUUUUAACAUAAAACUACAAUAGACCUACAUGUAUCGUUAUCCUAUUUUUAAAGCCGUACAUUUUCCCGAUACUUUAUUCAGUGUUGUGUCCUGACUUAAAUCUUACUUUUAUAGAUAAAUUUGAAAGAAUUUGCUUAAUAUUUGCCAAGCUAUUAAAGACACCCGAAUACCUACUUCGCUUGUUUUCUUUACAGAUCGCUUACAUAUACCCUAAUACGUGUUUUUGAUACUUUGCCUCACUUAAUUCCAAGGGUCACCCCGACUUUUCUCAAGCCUUGACUGCCACUGACGAACUUAAGAAACUGGGGUACGUAAAUUUUGGAUCUACUGUACUUAGUAAAUAGUAUGGUGAUUUGCAUGGUGAGGGAAAUUGGGUGGGGGUGGGAGGAGGGCUUUGGUCAAAACAGUUUCAAGACUUGAAAGUCUUAUUGUUCUGUGGUUCAGGUUGAGUUCGUGUUAUCUAUUUUAAAUUAACUUAAUUUUAAAAUUUAUUUUGAUUGACGAAACUCAUUGUUCAAUUAAUUAAUCAUUUUUUAAUCAUUCAUUUAAAAAAUCAAAAAAAAAUCAUCAUUUUUACAAAUUGUUGAAUCAAUAUUUAUUGUUUAAUAAUUUCUUACAAAAUAUGUAUUUGUCCAUUCAUUGUUUCGUUAUAACUAAAUUUUUAAAUACAUUUCUUGUUUUAAAAAAAUAAAUAUUAUUUUAGUUUGAAUGUACGAGGCCACUGCAUGUUUUGGGCUGAGCCAGGUAAAACACCGACCUGGGUUCAAGGGUUAUCAGGCCAAGCCCUCAAGGACGCCGUCGACAACCGCAUCAAAUACAUGACGGGCAUCACCAAGGGCAAGUAAGUCCGUUUUGAAACGUUAUUGAAGAUGGAAACGGCUUUUUUGCAAAAUAUUUAAUAUUAACUUUUUUUUUUUUUUUUUUUUUUUUUACAGCAUAAGACUUUCCCUAUCUUCUUGCUAUGAGAAAUCUUGGGAGGGGGGGUGGGUCAAUUUUUAUAUUUUACGCCAAGGGUGGUGAUUCAUUACGAAAAAAAAACCCAACCUAAAACACACAAAAUUUAUAAAAACACAGAAUAAUACAAAAACUGACACAAAAUAAAACCCUCGGCCUUGACCUCCUUACUAAGAGCUGCCAUCAUGCUGGGCUGAAGAGCCAAAAUAAGUAUUCCGAUUGAAAAAUUGCCCCUCAGCUAGAGAAAAUGUAGGGAAGUUUAUCCUAAGUUUUAUCCAAACUAAAAAAGGUUUCUGCCUGUAAGGAUUUAAUUAUUUCAGGCGAGAGUGAGCUGCAGAAAACAAAUCUAGCAUAAAUAUUUACAUAAAACUCCCCUCGAAUACCUCCCCAGGCUCGCCCACUGGGAUAUCUACAACGAAGAUCUCCACGCCCAUUUCUACGAGUCGAAACUGAACGACGACUCGUACAUCCAACAUCUGUACAGGGCCGUGCACGCGGCUGAUCCAGCACCGAAGCUGUUCCUCAACGACUACAACGUUGUGGCCCAGGGAAUCUCAACACGGGUAGGUUUUAAAAAAAAAUUAAAAAGAAAGAAAACAAAAAAAAAAAAAAAAAAAAAAAAAAAAAAACACCCCCCCCCCCCCCCCCAAAAAAAAAAAAAAAAAAAAAAAAAAACAACAAACAAACAAACAAUACAAAACAAAAACCAACAAAGUUUUUCCUAUAUAUCCUUUAUAAAAUGUAAUAUUGAGCAGUGGGUGCGGGAGGGGUGUUGAAAAUUUGAAAAAAAAAACGCAAACAAUCAAAGCACUUUUUAAGAAUCACAGUUAGUGCUCACCCCCUCCCAACACUCGCAACUGCACAUUUUUUUUCCACGCCCCUGAACUAUAAAAUAAAUAUUCUUAUGUCCCACCAUCUUUUACACCGAAGAUUUAUUUCACCAAAUAUUUCAGAAAAACAAAAGACAAUGUUACGCACCAAACGCACUUGCGAUAUUGUCUUUUAAAAAAGAAUCUUAUUUAGCGCAGUUAUCGGGAAUUUUAUUUCUUGAAAUUAGUGUCAUCCGUCCUUCAUCGUCCCCAUGAAAAAUAAGAAAAAUAGCUGAUUUUUGGGAGUUGGGGCUGACAGUUUAAUAGAAUGUGUUGUCAUUUGCAACGAGUCUAUGUGCCAAGUUUCAGCUCGAAGGUUUGUCGGGAAGUAAGUCAAUUAGCCGUCCGAAGAUUUUUCCAUCCAGCCAUGAACAAAAUUUAAAGGAUUUUUUUUUAAAGCCCUAUAGUUAUGUUACAGAAAAAAGUAAAAUUUAUAAGGCUAAAAGUUAAAAUAACCCGGAGUAACAUAUUUUGCUGCACAAAUAUUUGUUACGCGUUAUCUACACGUCGCCAACACCGUGUGUGAUGUAACCGUCAACACCAUUAACGACAACCGCAGUUCUAAGACUUGAACUCAUUUUACGAGCGUCUUCCUCUCUUGCAGGCCUACUUGUACCAGAUCAACCGACUGAAGGCGGCCAAUGUUGGACUGGCUGGUGUCGGCAUACAGAGUCACUAUACUGACUACACAGAACCCGAUCUCACUCUCGUCAAGGUAGGGGAAGAGGCCUCUUAUGUAAAACGGUUAUGGCCGGUGGCGUAGCUAGAAUUGGAGCCGCCCUGGAUGGGCCAAUCUUAUUGCCCCCCCCAAAAAAAAAAAAACAACAACAACAAAACAUUCUACGAAAAUUCUGCAGUUUUUCGAUAAUGUCGCCCCUCAACAUAAAGAAAAAAAAUACCCCCUGGGCGGAAAAGCCCCCUACCCACCCCUUUAUACUCAUUCCUGGACACUAUUAAUUAUGAAUGCAAGAAAUUCAAUUUUAAAAUCUUCAACGAUAUAAAUAAUACCAAAAAAUAUUCUAAGGUUAUAGAUGUUAAGCAUGGAUCCUUUUAAUGUAUCCACUUAUCCACUGACGUCUUCACAGAACCGGCUCGACAUCCUCGGCAGUUCAGGAUUGCCCAUGUGGAUCACCGAACUGGAUCUCUCUGCUCAUGACGAGACAACCCGGGCUACGUGGUAUGUAUAAAUAAAAAUGACUAUUUGAAUUUUCUCGUUCCUGAAGUCUCUGUUUGAGACCAACUAUUCCAGCUUUGUUUUUCUGUUAAUCAUCUUGAAAGAACAAAUAUUGGUUCUCUGAAGCUCGAAGAACAGCGAGGCACGUUAUAGUUACUCCAUGUUCAUUGGACAUCUCUUAAAAAUAAUAAAUAUUUUACGUCCGGUGUGUCCUGCUCCCCUUUUCACAACCGGCCGCCCUCCCCCCCCUAUUCAACAUAUUUUAUAUUAAUAGUAUAUCAGUAACUUUCGCAUUUGCUGGUCCAACAAUUUGGAACGCCCUUCCACUCGAUCUCAGAAACAUCCAGACACUGGAGUCCUUUAAAACCGAUUUAAAGACACAUUUAUUUCGCAAACACCUUCUGGGAUGAUUGUCUACCAUAUUUUCCAGUUAAUGCAUAAUGGCUGUGUUGCUCACGGUUGAAAUGGGUUGAAAGACUUUGACAUUGUAUGCUUGUAAUUAGUUUUUGUAGUGUUGCGUUUGUUUUAAAUGUGGUAAAUUAUAGAUUUGUUUUUUGUUGACUUUGUACCGCGCUUCGAGCCUUUGAGGAUGAAGCGUGUUUUUGAAAUGAACUUUAUUAUUAUUAUUAUUAUUAUUAUNUCCAUAAAGAACCACGAAUAUGGUGUAGGACGGUAUGUAGGACUAUUUUUGAUAUGCCAGCAGAUAGGGCGUAGGAUUGUCUGUAGGACUACUUUUUAAAAGCCAGCAGGUAGGGUGUAGUACUUUCUGUAGGCCCAUUGUUUAUAGAAAAUUAUAAUUACGUUCUUUUUUUUUUCUUUUUUUUUUUGUAGUACCACUUGGACCCACCGAGUAUGUUUCUCAAAAUACCUGGACCUGCAGUAAAAAAAAAACUGCACCCGGUUACGCCGUGGUAUAUGGAUACUUGUGUUUGGAAGAGUAACGGCAUUGCCGGGAACGUCCCCUGAAAAUGUUUUAAUGUCGUAAAUAACGCUUCAACAGAUGUAUGCACAGCCACGUUUUCUGUCUUUCAAUCUGCUCUGGAGUUGCCCUGUUCGCGACCUUAACGCUUUGACUUGCACUAAGACACGUUAUGUCUCUCUCGUCAUGCCAGGUACGAAAACGUCCUCAGGCUGUACUUCAGCCACAGGAACGUCGAGGGCGUCCUGCUCUGGGGGUUCUGGGAUGAUUACAUGCCGCACGACAAGGCUCUGGUCCACGGGGGAGGCUUCACGGUAAGCUUUGCUGAAAGGGGAGAGAGAGGGGGAGAGAGAGAGAGGGAGAGAGGCAAGCUGCCUCAACAAGUUUUUUUUUUUCAGACUGUACUCACCAUUUUGUUUGUUAUUUCGCUGCCUGGUUUUAGAGUAACGAUAUUAAAAAAAUUAAAUUGAGAAAAAAAAAACCACCAUAUUCAAUAUCCUCAUUGAUCAAGUAAGAGAUUCAAACGUCCCAAGCCAAAAUGAGUUGAAAUUAUAAAGAUGAUAUCAUUCUUUGUUCCGAUUUCGUCGACAGCUGGACAAGGCCGGCGAGCGAUACCUCCAACUGACCAAACAGGAGUGGAGCACCCACGUGAACAGGUCGCUGUCCGCGGGGACUUCGUUCACCGUCAGGGGCUUCCAGGGCAACUACGACGUCAUUGUGCUGCACCACGACAAGCCCGUCAAGAAACAAUCGUUUUUCGUGGGCAAGGCGGACACGACUGUUGACGUCACACUGUCAGGAGUACCUCGUAAGUGUCUAAAAAAAAAUUACAUCUAAAGUGGAUCCGGCAUUAGAACAUAACAGUUGUGUAUUUGAUCAAAAAUAAGAAGAAAUAACAUGUUAAUUCAAGCUCUAGACCUGUCUGUGAGGUUUAGCGGAAAUAUUAAGUGAGGACAGUGCUGGCAAAGACACUAUUAGAAUUCUUUUUAGUUCCUUUUGGGGGGUAAAUGAAAUUACUUAACAAUUCCUAGUAAAGUUAAAGUUGUAACAGUCAUCUUGUUAAAGUCGUCUCGUCCAAGUCAUCUUGUUGAAAUCUUCAUGUUGCAGUCAUCUUGUUUAAGUCGUUUCGUUAAAGUCGUCGCGAUAAAGUCAUCUUGUUAAAGUCACCUCAUUAAAGUCGAAUUGUUUAAGUCAUCUUGAUUAAGUUAUCUGGUUAAAGUCAUCUUAUUAACGUCAUCAUGUUAAAGUCAUCUCGUUAAAGUCAUCCCGUUAAAGUCACCUUGCUAAAGUCAUAAUUUUUACGUCAUGUCGCCGACGUCAGGUUAUUGAAGUAACACUGUUGGCUGUAACUUAUAAAGUCGUCCUGUGACUGAAUCACUCUCCUGUUGUUAUGAGUUGUCUUGUUUGCGACUUCGAAUGAAAGACAUCUUGUUAAAAAAAACCCCAACAACAUCGGAUUGCCUCAGCGCUAAUCCCUUGCUGCAUAUCCUCACAGAGCAAAUUCAAGUUCCCGCCAAGACAAACCCGUUCCACAAGAGAUCCGAGGAGAUGGAAGCAGAUUGGAACUGAAAUUAACGGGAUUGUUCCGGCAUAUAAUGUCUCGAACGCACUGCUCAUUAAACACUUGCACA